AUGUUCUUGAUUGAUGAUUUAGAAAGGCUAAUGGAGAUUAUUAAGCACGCAGCCAAAGAGGGUGCUAUGCUGGUGUUUACUCUAGCUGACCCUUCUAUGGCUGAAUCUGCCAAAAAGGCCUGCAAGAUGUGGGAUAUACAGUCUACAGAUAUAUUGAGCCCAAUUACGGAGACAAUUGCUUCUCAUCUAGGUGUCUCACCUUCGGGGCUCCCUCGAGGAGCCCCGGGUAGGGCUUCCCAUCUUAAUGAAGAAUACUUUCGGCGGAUUGAAGCUAUUGAGUUUACCAUAAAGCAAGAUGAUGGAGCCUUGCCUCAAAAUCUGCACAAGGCAGACAUCAUUCUUGCUGGUGUUUCUCGAACUGGCAAGACGCCACUAUCUACUUAUCUGGCUCAUAACGGGUACGGAGUGGCAAAUAUACCUAUUGUAUUGGGUGUGGCGCUGCCCAAGACUCUUUUUGAAGUAGAUCCAGAGAAGGUCUUUGGUUUGACCAUAAAUCCUGUGGUUUUGCAUACAAUUAGAAGAACUAGAGCAAAGAACUUGGGAUUCAGUGAUGGAGUAAGGAGUAACUACUCUGAGAUGGACUAUGUAAGAGAGGAACUGGAAUAUGCCAGCAAGCUUUUUGCACAACAUCCUGUCUGGCCAGUUAUUGAUGUCACCGGAAGGGCAAUUGAAGAAACAGCUGCAGUUAUCCUGAGGCUAUACCAUGAUCGGAAGAAGAAAUGCUCAAUACCAAGAAUCUCAAAGCGCUAUGAGAAAUGUAAAACUUGCAAGUUCUUUUCGUCAAUCAUGCUUAAAUGA